AUGAUGAAGGAGAAGCAACCAGUUGGCCUACGCUUCUCAUUGGCUGCGAAGCACGCGGCGAUUCGCUCCAGCCUCGGCUGGCUCUUCACGUCCCGCCCCUUUCUCCGAGCCCCUCCGGGAAUCAAUCGGCUCGGGCCCUCGACCAGACUCGCGCCGCCAUUGGCCGAGGCGCGCCUGGCGGGGGACCCCGGCGAGGACUCGCGCGUGCGCGCCGUGCUCGUGGGCUACGACGAGCACUUCUCCUUCGCCCGGCUGAGCGAGGCGUGCGCGCACCUGCGCGACCCCGACUGCCUGCUCGUAGCCACCGAUCGCGACCCCUGGCACCCGCUCAGCGACGGAAGCCGGACCCCCGGUACUGGAAGCCUGGCUGCCGCAGUGGAGACAGCCUCAGGACGCCAGGCCCUGGUGGUGGGCAAACCCAGCCCCUACAUGUUCCAGUGCAUCGCCGAAGACUUCAGCGUGGACCCCACCCGCACCCUGAUGGUGGGUGACCGUCUGGAGACCGACAUCCUCUUCGGCCACCGCUGUGGCAUGACCACCGUACUCACACUCACAGGGGUCUCCCGCCUCGAAGAAGCCCAGGCUUACCUGGCAGCUGGUCAGCCCGACCUCGUGCCUCACUACUACGUGGAGAGCAUUGCGGACUUGAUGGAGGCUGGAGGACUGAGCCCACCUCCCCCGUUCCCUGACCCCAUAGACGGAGGCUACAAGCCGUGAGUCACGUCCAGCACCAGGAGCUCCCUGGCACGGGUGGUGUCUGAACCCCGGUGAAGGGAAGCUGGGAUCCAGGAAGGCUUGUGGGCCCUCAUACCCCUCCCGGCAGUGACUGGACACUCUGCUCUUCAGAAGCUGUCCCCCUAUGUCUUGAAGGUUCACUCUGGCCUGACUCCACCAGGUGGCCUGCCUUCCUGUCCUGUCAGCUCCCCUUUUGAACUCUAGAGGGGCCCUGAAGCCAAAUGAGAAUUUUCUCCAUCCUGAGUACUUAAGCUCCUCCCCUUCCCUGGGCCCUCUAGUGCUCUGUUUUUGGGUCCCUGUUGACCAAUCAGAAGUCUAGGGAGCUCCAGCCACUCCUGGCCUUAACAGGCCUAUGCAAGGCAAACUGCCCAUAGUGACUGGUACGAUAGUGUCUCACAGGGGGCCCUUAGUGGACCAAGGAGGAGCUUAAAGAACACCUUGCAUAUCCUGGAGCCCCAGAGCGCCAGUCUAAGGCUAGGUGACCUUGACCUCUGGGUGUCCAUGAGGACAGUAACAAUCCACUGGCCUCUUACUUCCCAAAUAGAACAAGCUACAAGUCCAAGGCACAGUGGCUUUUUGACUAUCCCAGCCUGACUAGGUCAGCCAAGGGCCCAGGUUUUAGCAGGGCAGGGUACAUAAGACAUUUGCCUGUACGUACAGCACUUGGGAGGCCGAGGCAGGAGGAUUGCUCUGAGUUUGGUGACCUGAGUUGCAGGGUGAGACCUCAUCUCAAAAGCACCAACUUCAAUGUCAGCCACCUCCAGGGACUGACCAGUGGGCCCCCUGGCCCUGGGUAGAGUGGAGAGGCCCCCACCAUAGUACCGUCCAGUAUUGAUGGUUGCCACAGCUUGCAGGGGGGCCCUUGUGCCCCGCCCCUUGAAGUCAGUAUUGGCUGUACCCUCUCCAGCUGCCCGUCCCCAGCUAUUUAUUUGUUUGUUUAUUUAUUUAUUUAUCGUGUGCCAGUGAGGGUGGGGGCAGGGCGGGACCUCCCCGCCACCUCCACCCCUGUUGUAACCAGUCCUUGAACUUAAUAAAAUGUGAGUGGGAUUGUCUGCGCCCCAGUCUGCA